ACUUGGCCAUUGACGUCCCUGGUCACGGGAAGGUGGUGGUCGACAUUGGCUACGGUGGCACUUUUUACGCCUUUCUCAGCGCCGAGCAGCUGGGCCUUGAUGUGUGCUCUUCAAAGACCAGAGACCUUGUCAAUGCAGCGAGCGCGGUGACGGAAGCGGUGAAGAAACAGUUCAAGCUUCAUCACCCUGAAAGCGAAGACCUGGCUUUCCUCUACGGCACCAUACUGACAGAUGGGAAAGACACCUUUAGUGAGGAGCCCACCACCAACAUCUGUGUGUUCGCAGAUGAACAGGUUGACCGAAGUCCGACAGGUUCGGGUGUGACAGCUCGCAUCGCCUUGCAGUACCAUAAGGGACUCAUCCAGCUGAAUCAGACCAGAACCUUUCGGAGCAGUACCACAGGGUCCUUGUUCACCGGGAAGGCAGUGCAGGAAGCCAAGUUUGGGGACUACAACGCUGUUGUUGUGGAAGUCUCAGGAGAAGCCUUUUACACCGGUACAGCCACCUUCACUGUCGAAGAGGAGGACCCGCUGAAAUACGGCUUCUUCUUCAAGUGA